CCUUAAUUAUGGAAAAUCAAACAGUCUAAGCCUAAGAACUCUUAACAAAAUGGGGACUUCGUAAUGCAACUGUCUUUAGAAACCCUAGUGUUCCUCUCCUCUAUGAGCUCUCAAUGUCUUAACCACUAAGUGAGGAUCCAACUGUUAGACCAGAUUCUAUAAAUAACACUGGAGCUUUGGUUGCAUAUUCAGGAAAGAAAUGCGGGUAUCUAAUAUUGUUCUAUGAUUUAGUCGUGUUCCUAAGGAUAAGAGAAUCAUAAAAGAUGAAGUCACAGAAAGAGAUGUUUGGUGGGGAGAUGUAAAUAUUGCUUUGAGCCAAGACUCUUAUAAUGAGGUUGAAAAGAUUGCUCUUGAGUAUUUAAAUAACAGAGAGAAAGUAACCAUAUAAUAUUAAUCAUUUAGUUGUUUAUAAUUGAUGGAUAUGCUGGAUGGGAUAUUAAUUAUAGAUUAAGAAUUAGAGUAUUUUGUACUAGACCUUAUCAUGCAUUGUUCAUGAAGAAUAUGUUAAUCAGACCAACUGAUGAAGAACUUAAAAAGGAUUUCAGUGGAGAUGUUGAUUUUUACAUUUUCAAUGCUGGUCCAUAAACAAUUUAGAAACCAAUUGAAGGAAUUAAAUCAGAAGGAUGUGUUGCUGUUAAUUUGACUGAACGUAAGAUGGUCAUUUUAGGAACUUAAUAUGCUGGUGAAAUGAAGAAAGGAGUCUUUGGAGUCACUCAUUAUUUAUUCCCCAAAUAAGGAAUACUCACAUUACAUAGUUCUGCUAAUGAAGGUGAAAAUGGAGAUGUUACCUUAUUAUUUGGAUUAAGUGGCACAGGUAAAACAACCUUAAGUGCUGAUCCCAAAAGAAGACUUAUUGGUGAUGAUGAACAUGCUUGGUCUGACAAUGGCAUAUUUAAUAUUGAAGGAGGUUGUUAUGCAAAAUGUGUUGAUCUUUCAAAGGAAAAAGAACCUGAAAUAUAUAAUGCAGUAAGAUUUGGAGCUGUUUUGGAGAAUAUUGAAUAUUAUUCAGAAGAAACAAGAGAAGUCGAUUUCACAAAUAUUUCAAUUACAGAAAAUACAAGAGUCAGUUAUCCAUUAGAAUAUAUUCCAGGAGCUAAAUUCCCAGCUUAAGGAGAUCAUCCUAAGAAUAUAUUCUUUUUGACAUGUGAUGCUUAUGGUGUUUUACCUCCAGUCUCUAUGUUAACACCAGAAUAAGCUAUGUAUCAUUUCAUUUCAGGAUAUACUGCUAAAGUAGCUGGUACUGAAGUUGGUGUCAAAGAACCAUAAGCUACAUUUUCAGCAUGUUUUGGAGAAGCAUUUUUAGCUCUUCAUCCAACUCUCUAUGCUAAUAUGUUGGCUGAAAAGAUAAAGAAAUAUGAUACUAAAGUUUGGUUAAUCAACACUGGUUGGUCAGGUGGUAAAUAUGGAGUUGGAUAAAGAAUGUCAUUAAAAUAUACUAGAGGAAUUAUUGAUUUGAUUCAUACAGGAGAAUUAAAAGAUGUAGAGUUUGAAAACUUCCCAAUUUUCAAUUUUGCCAUCCCCAAAUCAGCUAAAAACAUUCCAACAUAAAUCUUGAACCCAAGAAAUACAUGGAAGUAAUAUAUUAAUAUAUUUUAGAAAUCCUGAAGAAUUUGAUAAAUAAGUUCUUGAAUUGGCUGAGAAAUUUUAAAUUAACUUCAAAAAAUAUGAAGAUAAAGCAACAUAAGAAGUUAUUAAUGCUGGUCCAAAAUUUUGAAUAUGAAAUUUUAUUGUUUAUGUUUAUGAAUUUAUAUAUUCAGAAUUAAUAUUUAAAUA